CCCGAGGGUGUUCAGUGUUGGUGGUGGUUUAGAAGGCGCUGGGGGUUGCCCGCGUGACUUCGGUAGCUCUCGGCCUUUGACCACGGAGGCGCGCUCGCACAGACUCCACGCUCUCGUGCAUUGACUCUUCUCGUUCUUGGCACCCCGGGGUUUGGGGGGCAUACCUUUCGGAAAGGAUUCGUGCAGUCUAAUGCAUCAUUUUGUGAUUCGGGGGAUUACGCUUCGAUCUCGCAUAACGGUUAGGAUGGGCAUCUAAUGAUUCCCGUGUGUUAUUUGGCGCGUCCUGUCGAGUUUUUGUAUAGCUUUGAAAAUCGUGUUGACUUCCUGCCGAACUUGUGGAACAAUGGUGUGCCGCAGGGACGUGGUCCAGUCAGAAUUAAGCCGGUCCAGCUGUGCAGGUGAUGCCAUAGGCGACAGAAAACGAGAGACAUUAUAGGCGAGGGAAGAUGAGGCGCGUUGUGGCUGUGAAUCGUUGGGAACUUCAAAAUUCUGUGACCGCUUCGAUGGCGGUGACGCUGAACUGAAAGAAACCUCGACAGUUGGGUUGAUAAAAUAGUUUGUUUGAAGGGCUUGUGCAAUUUCUAAGGGAUUUUACAUUACAUUAUACUGAAGAUUGACAUUCGACAUAAACAUCUGACUACUUGAGCGGCUGUGUAAGUCGUCGAGGGCGGCAUCAGCAGGAGUAAACAACAUCGGCAGUAGCAGGCGGCGAAGAAGUCGCUGCAGACACAUCGCAACCGAAGCGACGCUCCUGUCGCUGUCGCCGCACCAUGAUGCCGGAGCUACGGUCGUGCCGGUACGAGACGCGAUACUCUGACAGCCUCUCUCCCGACGGAAGACCUCACUCCGUGUCCCCGAGCUAUCCGGGACAUGCCCACAGACACGCCCACGCCCACUACUCGCCUCCCCACGACGUCAGGCCGUCGUCGGCGGAUCUGGCGGCGCCCUUCCUCAUGGGAGGGGACCAACACGGGCACGACCACAGCCAUUCCCACCACAGCGACAAAUUCAGCAUCAAAUCCGAAGACGAAUAUCUGGACGACGACGAGACGCACGUCCCUCACGUCCUGGCGCCGCAGACGCACGCGGCAGGGCACGCGCAUGCGCGCACUUGCUUACUCUGGGCGUGUAAAGCUUGCAAGAGGAAAAGCGUGACCGUCGAUCGGCGGAAAGCGGCCACAAUGAGGGAGAGACGGAGACUAAGGAAGGUCAACGAGGCCUUUGAGCUGUUGAAACGCCGCACGUGCAGUAACCCCAACCAAAGGAUGCCCAAAGUUGAGAUUUUAAGGAACGCCAUCGAGUACAUCGAGUCCCUGGAGGAUCUCCUCCACGGGACCCCUUCCCCCGGGGGAGGAGACCCCGACCAUCCUGCUGAAGCACAGUGUCCCACCUCCCACUACCUCGGAUCGGGAGGUUCAAAUUACUACCAGGAGAGGGCGUCUCAUUACGGCGAUUCCAACACGGGGUACACGCCCCUUGGAAGUCACGAACAGCAGGGCGGUGGGAACCCAGCCUCAACGUCUUCGCUGGACUGCCUGUCCCUGAUCGUCGAGUCCAUCAGCCCUUCCACCACCGGCAUCCUCAACUCAGUCUCCGACAAAGAUCACUUAUCGCAGCCUCCUUCACAGAAGACACAUAUCUAAUAGCCUUUCUUUUUAUUUUCUUAUUAAUUUUUUUGUUACCAUGUAUCGGUCAGAAAUUCAUAAUAAACUAUAAAUGCCUUUUUUUAUUUCUUCAUUUUGCUUUUUUUAUUAUUAUUAUUCUUCCGAACGGACCUGUUUCUUCGUGAGCUCGUUGUGUGGGACCAGAAGAAAAUGUGCCUUUUCUUUUUUAUAUUCAACGGACUUCUGAUAAAUCGGUUUAAAAAAAAUGGUGCCGUCAUGACGUUUGACAAAACACUUUUCCUUAAUUAGUGCAUGGAAUGGAGUCGAAGUACUUUUGUUGAUUCACAUAUAAUAGUUGAUUAUAGUUGCAAGUAUGUGAGGAGCUGAGACCAUCCAGAAAAGGCCAGCCAUAGAGUACACCAGCAAAGAAGACUCCCUCUUGAAGUGCUACUAUAGGCCUAUGGUCUUGUGUGACUUCAAGACUACCAAAGAAUUUUAGAGUGACUUAGAGACCUGGCAAGGAAACUUUCUGACUCGAAUCUUAAGAGGCUUUCAAGAAAUAUACAAAUCGAUUAAAGAAGCUACUCGGUCUCCAGAUUUGUACUAAAGGAGUAAACUUAUUCGGUAUAAUUACUUAGUGUGAAAGUACUUAAACUGAGGUAUUAGUGAUGAACAUUAAAUCGGAAGUGUCGAACAAGCCAGCCAAAGCGUCUUUCCAGCUGAAAUUUCCAGAUGCCUUCCAGUUCUGCGAAACCCUUCUAGCAACAGUUGGCCGCCUUAUCAUGUUCUGUUGUCGGUUCUUGCCCUCUGAUGAUGGCAUAGAGGUGCUUAUGAAGUUUGUUAAUGUUAAGUGCAAAUAUAUAGAAAAUAUAUGUAUAUUUUGUAUGAUGGAUUUAUAAAAAAAAUAAAUAAAAAGAGAUAAAGGGAGUUGAAGUGGGCAUGCCUAGUAUGAUAUCUCGUUCUGUUGUAAUUCGUUGCAUUAUCUGUAACUGAAGAGGAAAACUCUGAAUGGUUGAAACAGGCAUUGAUGAAAUCGUUUGACAACAUUAAGUAAAUCGUAGCCGUAUUUGGAAUGCCAAUCUUGAAAAUGUUAAAACGAAUGAUAAAUAAAACUGAGUAUAGAAUAGAAACGUAUGGAUGUAUGAUUUAGACAUUGCAGCGUUUGAAUUAUUUUGAAAAUUACUGAAUAAGAUUAAGCCAGUCGCCUUUGAAACGUAUUCCAGUAUAAAACCACGUAAAAAUAGAUGUGCGAAUGAUUUGGUUUUUAAAUCCAUAUUUCAGCCUAGAAAAUAAUGGAAUUAAUGCAGGUGUACAUUUUUACGUUGCUAGUCAGCAGAUUGAUUUUUCAAAGUGCCUCAUUUUUUUGUAAGGCGAUGCGUCUGCCAUAUUCCCGAGGGUGUCAAAGGCUUAAUUCUUUUCGUUUUAAUGUGAGUACUUCAGGGACGAUCAGGGUAUUCUGUGUAAGACACUAAUUUAGUUACGACUAGUCCAGAUAAUAAUAUUACUCGAGUAGUCCAGUCAUUUUCAAAGUAAAUCGCAAUUUGUUUUGUGACAAGUCCGCAUUUGCUUGCGCGACUCCAUAACAGUAAACAGUAAAGAUAAAAAUAAAUAAAAAAUAUCACAAACAAAGGUUGUGUUUACAAAGACAUGUGUAGGCAAAUCGCUUUGAAAUCGAGUAGCUGUUCUGUAAGGUGGAAUAAUUUCUCGCCGUCUACUCAAAAGGCCGCCACUAACGUUCAGUUAUACCUGCGCAGUUAUGCCUGUACAGUCAGCCUGAACAGGCAAAUCCGAACCCGCUAAUGUUCAGUUUUGCCUGCGCAGGCCGACUGUGCAGGCGUAAGUACGCAGGUAUAACUGAGGGUUAGUGGCGGCCUGAAGUCGUGGAUUUUCGUAUUGAUUCUUCAGUUCCCCAAAUCUCUUCAACGUUUUGUUUAAUUAAGACAUCUUUUUUAUAUAAUACUCAUUCAGUCUGUUCUAGGAACCCUUGAAUCAAGGAUAUUCAUGAAAGAUAGGUGAAAAAAUAAACUUGUACUUAAUGUAUGUAUAUAUGGACAACAGAAUUAGUCUUUUUUUUUUUCUCGUAUAUAUUUUGUAAUCUCUCUCUCUCUCUCUCUCUCUCUCUCUCUCUCUCUCUCUCUCUCUCUCUCUCUCUCUCUCUCUCUCAAUUUAAAUUUCAGUCUCAAUUUCUUUAAUGAUAGUGUUUAGACGAUAGAUUACCAUGCUUAGUUCGCCUGUAAAAUUGCUUCAGUAACCAAACUUCAGCAGACUGACGUAUUUUUUAGCAUAAUUCUAAUUUAACUACGAAUUAAGAGGCUUAGUACCAAAGAAUUUCGAAGUUUGCGUUCGUCGUCACCGAUUGUGGAGGAUAAGCUGAGUGAUCCACAAGUGGAUUGAUUUAAUACCAUAAUUUGGCGUCACAAGUCAGGAGGACGUCUCGUACUUCGGUAUGAUGGGAACAAGUGUCAGGUCUUCUGGGAAUCUUCCUUACAC